AUGGCCGUGUUACCAGUGAAGUUCACUAAAACCAAGAGGGACAAACUGGCCCAGCUUCUAUGGGUGCUGAACUGGAUCUCUGUGGUAACAGGAAUCAUACUCUUUAGUUUGGGAGUCUUUCUGAAAGUGGAGAUUAACAAACGACAGGACCUUAUGGCCGAACGCCAGCUCCAGUCUGUGCCAAACCUGCUCAUUUCCGUGGGACUUAUAGCCUGUGGAAUCAACUUCUUAGGAGGAAAGAUCUGCUAUGAUUGUGUGGACACAAGCAAGUUCUUGCGCUGGAAGUUGGUGAUGCUUCCGUACAUCAUUUGUACGUUUUUCUUCACUUUGAGCAUCCUCGUGGGUGGCCUGAUGUGCUACAGCUUGCAUGGACAGCUGGAGGAAUCACUCGGGUUGGGGCUACGUGAGGCUAUGCGCUACUACAAGGACACAGACACACCAGGGCGCUGCUUCUUGAAACGCACAGUGGAUCUCCUGCAGAUCCAGUUCCAGUGUUGUGGGAAUGAAGGUCAUAGAGACUGGUUUCAGAUUCAGUGGAUAAGCAACCGCUACCUGGACAUGUCUCGACGGGAAGUGGUGGAUCGUUUACGUAGCAAUGUGGAGGGAAAAUAUCUAAUGGAUGGAGUUCCUUUCAGCUGCUGUAAUGUAAACUCUCCUCGGCCAUGCAUUCAGUAUCAAACCACCAAUAACUCCGCCCACUUUAAUUAUGACUAUCAGACAGAGGAGCUCAACCUGUGGAUGAGAGGCUGUCGCCAGGCUCUGCUAGACUACUAUACAGACAUCCUGCAUUCCAUUGGGCUCACAGUUCUGAUUAUCUGGCUGUUUGAGCUUUCGGUCCUUACGGGAGUUCGGUACCUCCAGACAUCCCUGGAGAAUGUGUGGCGCAGAGGGGACCCCGAAUGUGAGUCCGAAGGGUGGCUCCUGGAGACCAGCUUUGUGGCGACAGCUCGUACUAAUUUCAACAUUAUCAAAAACCUGGGCAAGUUCAACCAAAUCAACACAGCUAGCAAUGGAGAUCCAAACAUUGACAGACCAUCUACAGCACACUAUGGUCCAGAUAAUGUGCCUCCAAAGUCUACUCCGAUUGCCAGUUAA